CGCGCGCGCCGGACUGCUGCACUUGCGCUGUUCUCGCUGAGUGUAAACCGCGUCACCGCUGUUCGCUCGCUUCCGCCGGCUUGAGAGGAGAAAAAAAGUGGAUUUGCGGUAGUUUCACCGCCGGAUUUUACAGCUUUGCUUCCCGUUCGAGGUUUUAUAUCGCUUUGUUAACUUUAUUUACUGUACGAACUCCCCAAAAUGGAGAACGAGAACAAGUACCUCCCGCAGCUGCUAGCGGAAAGAGACAGCCUGGACUCGUCCUUCAUACACGCUAUGAAACUUUUAUCUGCAGAAAUCGAGAGGGUUCAGAAAGACGAGCCGGAAAAAGACAGUGAAACCUACUUGGAUCUCUUCACGGCAAAGAAUAUCAAGCUGAAGGAAAGAGUUCUGAUUCCAGUCAAACAGUACCCAAAGUUUAACUUUGUUGGGAAGAUUCUCGGGCCUCAAGGGAACACCAUUAAGAGACUGCAGGAGGAGACAGGAGCCAAGAUCUCAGUACUGGGAAAGGGAUCUAUGAGGGAUAAAGCGAAGGAGGAGAGCUUGAGGAAAAGCGGCGAGCCCAAAUACGCCCACCUGUCCAUGGAACUCCAUGUGUUUAUUGAAGUGUUUGCUCCAGCGCCUGAAGCGUACAUGCGUAUGGCCCACGCUAUGGAGGAGGUUAAGAAGUUCCUCUUCCCCGACAUGAUGGAUGAAAUCUGCCAGGAGCAGUUUAUGGAGAUGGGAUAUCUGAAUGGCAGCCAUGAACACGGCGUCCGAGGCAGGGGCGGUCCAAUGGCCAGGGGGCGUGGAGGACCUCCACCACCCAGGGGUCGAGGCAUGGCACUGAUGCGUGGUGGUGUUCCACGUGGUGGUCCAGCCAGAGGUGGAGCAGCGAGAGGAGCUCCAACAGGGCGUGGAGGACCACCAGGUCAGCCUGGCAGAGGAGCUGCUGCCAGUAGAGCCCGUGCUCCUGCCCCUGGAUCGCAGAGGAUGCCUCCUCCACCACGCCCUCCUGCCCAGGAGUCUUAUGAAGAUUAUCCGUACGACGAAAGCUACACAGAGUCGGGCUAUGAAUCCUACGACAACUAUUACAGUCAGCCACAGGCGGAACUGUUCAUGAGAUCCAGGGAUGGAAUCAGAGUUUGCAGCUCUCUUUUUCUCAGGGAAGACCGAUUUGCCGUAAAGAGGCGGUCUUAAAUUUCAACAGACGGGCUUUUUGGGGAAAACUCUGAAAUCUGCAGAGAUGGAGUCGAACUGAAGUUCCGCCAGACACCUUUCAAGAACGGCAGAAGCUGGAGUGCUAGGAAAGUACCUCUGCGUUUGAAAAAGGAAAGAAAAAGGAAAUCGAUGCUCUCCAUGGCGCUGCUGCCAAAGCAUGCGGGCGCUUAUUGAGCUGGAGCGGAAAGCGGCUUGCGUGUCCUACAGCGUCGAGUGGUCGUGUUUGUGUGCGUGUAUGUGGUCACAUACUGGAAAUGUGUCUGGCUCAUUUUCAUGAAGCUUCCAGCCUUAUUUUUAUCUUUAUUUUAUGGUUUGCUUUAUUAAGGUCUCCCUAAAGCACACUUCAUGCUGUCCUGAAAAUGACCAAUGUUAUUUUUGUCAUGUUUUCUUCACACUCCUUGUCUACAGAAUUUAAUUGCACAGUUUAAACCCUGCCCCCUUGCACCUGGACAGCCACCCAGUCCAAGCAAGUAAUUGUGCGCGCGCGUGCGUGCUCCAUCUUUACGUUUGCGAUAUUUACUGGACUCUCCUGCAAUUUGCACAUUGCUGUAUGUUAAAAUUUUUUUUUUAUCGUAACGCGUAAAUACAGACAUGAAAUUGAAUCAGCGUCAGCAGCUGUAAUGCUUGUAUGAAAAUGAAUGCAGUUGUCAUGGCAAUAACCAAACUGCAGAAAAAUUGGAGUCUAUCUGUAUUUUUGAAAUAGAAGACUCAUUUGUGAUGCUACACUGAAACUGUUUAAAGGUAGUGUGCAAUAUGUUCCAGUGCUGCUUAUUUGGAAAAUAAAUUAUUUAAAAAAAACUAUUAUUUUAAGGUUUUGUAUUGUUCUAGGCCAAAGAUGCACACUUGUUUAAGGUGUGUGCGUGUGACGUUAAUGUUUCUCUGCCUGAGGGUUUGUUUUACGUUUAUGGUAUUGUCCUAGGAAAAUAUAGUGGAAAAAAAAAAAAAGCCACAUUCGUAUUUGUGUAGUGUUUGGAUGUGUUUGUGGUGAGUUGCAUUUGAACUAAAAUAGACCCUCAGCCUCGGUGCACAGCACAGGUGGGACUCCGUUCCCUAUCAGACACCUUUUUCAGUCUCUCGCUGGGUUCUUGGCUCCGUUAGAAAUACAGCUAGGAUUUUGUGAUGAGUUCACUGCAGAUUGUGUUUUUAAAAAUGUUCUUAAGUAUUGUUACGGUCUUGAAUAUAGACCCCUUUCACAUGACGUCACCGCGCCGCAAGAUUUUGUUAGGCGCCAUAUUGGAAGACCAAGUACAUGCACUCACAAUAUAAAACAAAGUACGAGCAAGAGUAAAGUGACACGAUGGAUGAUAAUUCGGGUUAUGUGAGUACAUUACCAGUUGCAGAAAGGGCACGGUAUGUGGAGAAACUGGCUGUGAUUGAUGGGUUUGACCCAUAUGAUAAGACUCAGAAAAAAUUAUGUGAAUCCAAGCACACAGUUUAACGCAAAAGUUCGUUUAUAUCCCGACCUUGUCAGCUGUCAGAUUUAUGUUAAUGGACCCGGUAAGCUGGUAAAUAAUAUUUAUUUAUUUUUUUCUUUACCAAAUUCUAACAGAAAACGAGAGCGCCCGAAAGGGAAAACCGAGCCGAGCCGCCUCACGGCUGUAAUGCAAAUUGCUUUCCUCCUCGGUAUACAAGUGCGCUUCCAUGGCAGGGAAAAAGAAACUACAUUUUGCCGCCUAUGUAGUUCCCUAUUUAAACAAAUAGGAGUCAUUCAGGAUUCAGCCAUGUUUUUGCUCCGUGCUUUUACUCGACCAAAGUUAUACAGUAUUAUGAGCUUUAAAUUGCAUAAAUAAAACCAUUUGGUGAAACUUUGAAGAAGAGAUUGUACUGGUUUAAAGUUUUUACCGAAUGUUUUCAUGUCGACUCCAAUUAAUACACUAGUAGAAUCGAUGACUAGUUUAGUAGGCCAACACUUUUUUUAAAAAUUUGACAGUGCCAGCCUGAAAAAACUUGCGACAGUCAAAUGGGGGAAAAAAGCAAGCUGGUCAUGUUGUACUGGACUAAUCUAUGACUGAUGAGUAUAGUAAGUGAUACUAGUACUGAUACAAUAAAACAGACGACUGUAAUCUGGUAGGCAGCACGAUUUACAUUAUUUCUCCGUGUCAGAUGCAUAAGGAGGACCGGACACCAAUUCUGCCAUCUGUUUGCUACCCAGACAUUGUAAACUAUUUGUUGUUUACACCCAGUGCCUACACUGCUGAUGACUUGAAAGCCUACAAAGGGCUACAGGCUUACAAUUAUGUUGUUAGUGGCUUGGUUCGUGAUAUUACAGCUGUUAUUAAGACUAACCUACACAUUAUUAUUAUUAUUAUUAUUAUUAUUAUUAUUAAAUUGUAGAAGUCUGGGAGGCUUGCUCCUCAUACAGUUACCAACUUGAGGCCAAUUUAGCAUGUUUUAAAUCUGAAUUUCUUGCGUUUGCUUACCUCAAAGUGUCUGCAGAUCAUGCACAGACUUAUCCAUUAUAUCCACAGUUUUUUGCCAAGUCUCACACAGGUUUCUUUCAAGUCUACUGUUGGGCCAAUAAAUCAUAAAUAAAACAGCUCAGAUUUAUUUGUUUAAGUCGUUUGCCACUCCACUUUAUUCUCGUGGGUUCACAUACCGCUGCCGUUAUCACGAGUUUGUUGGUCUUCCAAAAUGGCGCAGGGUCUGUUUACUUCCGGUUUCGGGUGACGUCAGUGAAAGGGGUCUAUUCUGUCAUACAUGGCUACUUCAGUAGGUCUUAAUUUCCACGCUGCAGUGCCAGCAGGUCCUCAUAUACCCCUUUUCCACCAAAUCAGUUCCAGGGCUGGUUCACAACUCGUUCAACUUGCAAGCCAGCUGAGAACCAGUUUGCUUUUCCAUAGCUCGCGGUGCUAAGAGAAGCCACGUCAUUACGUUGCUGUAUACGUCAGUUACGUUGCUACGUUUGCUUAAACCUUGGCGCGAAUAUCGAAGCAAAAACAACGCGGAAGAAGCAGCAGCAACAAUAAUAAUAAUGGAUGACUUCGUGUUUGUACAGCUGCUGCUUCUCGUCGCUUAAAAAUGGUGAUCUUUCGCGGUCUUGUUAUUGUUGUUGGUCUUAACAACUCCGCCCCACUGACGUAAGCGGUUCUUUCCUCUGGCCCAGCAGAGAGUUGGUGCUAGCCUGGAACCGUUUUUUCUGGCCCCAGAGCCAGUUCUUUGUCAGUGGAAACAGAAAACCCGGUUCCAAACUAAGCACUGGCCCCGAACCAGCCCUGGAACUGCUUUGGUGGAAAAGCGGCAUUACUGCACCGAGCCAGAAUGAGCCCUUCACCUUUUGAAGAAAGGACUGUGUUCUCGGCACGACGAGCCGAGAACUGGGCUUUGGAGUUUAAACGCCUUACCCUUGGCGUAGUGUGUGAGAGAACGUUCAAGCGGAUUCUCAGCACUAAAUUUUUGAGCCCGUAUUUGAACCAGAUGGAAAAACAUGUUCGUUUGCAUGAUGACUAACCUGAGGUUUUUCGAAGUACAGUAAGACCUCUGUUCAGUCCCAGUUAAUAAGAGAUGGCUAAAACCAGUGUGUUUGUGCAUUAGAGCAGAUCUGUUAACACUCCCCAGCUGCUUGAAUAGAAAUAUGCAUUAAAAGCUCACCAAAACUGGACAGUUAAAGAUUAGAAUAGACUGUGGGAGGUCUUCCUAACCUUGAGCUGCCCAGUUUCAGAGUCUGUAUUCACUGUAGCCUCACGUUCAUGUGGCUUUCUUCUGAUCUUGUUUAUCCACCUCCAGGUUUUGAUGUGUUGAAAUGCUUUUCUGUUCACCACUGUUGUAAAAAGUGGUUAUUUGAGUUACUCUAGCCUUCCCAUCAGCUCAAACUAGCCUAGUCAUUCUUCUGACCUCAUCACAGAAAUUUUUUUUUUUCCCCCCUUCAUCAUUAUUCUGGGAUUGUGUGAGAUAAUCCCAGGAGAUCAGUAGUUUCUGGAAUACUGAAACCAGUCUGUCUGGCACCAAUAAAUAAAAAGCUAAAGCUCUGGGACUGUACGUGCAUGAUUUUAUGCAUUGUGUUGUGAUUUGAAUAAUUGUUCCUAUUAAAGUGGCCAAAGAGUG